CAUAAGACGAAGAAAAAUGGCGUCGACUACUACGUUAACUGUUUUGUGUCUGAAUGGAAGGCGUCAAAAGAUUUCAAUUUCUUCUAAUUCGAGUUAUCUACAGGUGCUAGAAGAAGUUUGUAAGAAACAAAAUCUAAAUCCUGAUGAUUAUGAUCUCAGACAUUACAAUAAGAAAGUUGAUUUGAGUUUGAUAAUAAGAUUUUCUGGAUUUCCAAACAAUGCAUUAUUCGAACUGGCUCCCGUUGAAACGCGGCGGAUCGAAAACGACAUUACGGUGGGACUGCAGAUGGAGUCCGGAGAGAGGCUGAUGCACGAUUUUAAACCAUCAACUAAUCUAUGGGACAUUAUCUGCCACUGGAAGAAAGAAAAAGGAGAACUAAAAAACGAUAAUGAAUUUGGUGAACCAAUCUGUAUUUAUAUGAGGAAGGAGUUAGUUGGCGAAGAAACCCUUAAGAGUACAACACUUAGGAAUUUAGGAUUGACGGGUGGAAAGGCAGUAAUAAGGUUUCUGUACAGGCAGCCUGAUACAUUGAAAGAACAAGCACAUGUUUGUGUUCCUCUUCCCAAAACUCCUAAAAUCGAUAUCGAAGAAAGUAUACCAAUUGACAGCUUAGAUAAAUCAAAUUGCAGGAUACCUUCCAAUCAAAAUACUAGUACAAAUAAUGUUUCUAAGAUAUUUCCUACAGUUGGUCAAGUUCAAGAAGUUCCUUCUACCGGUGAUCAUUCGACUGAUCAAGUUAUGAUUGAAGAAGAAUCUCAUCAGGUCACAGAAGAAAAACAGGAUGAGGUGAUGGAUGAUACUACUGUAACAGAAAUUGAGAAGGUACCUGUUGAGAAUGUAAUCCAUAUUGGAGAAAGAAAUGCUGUCUUGUUUAAUCUAGAAGAUAAUUUACCUGGAAUUACAGAUGAUUUACCGGAUGAGUUUUACGAAGUCACGAUUGAGGACGUGAAAUACAUGUUUCACGACUUGACGAGGAAAAGGAGAGAAUUAGAAGAGAAACCAUUAGAAACUUCGACUCUUCGGGAACGUCGGCAGCAAACACAGCUCCUGUCUUAUAAAUUUUCAAUCAUUAGAAUUUAUUUUCCUGACAGAUUUGUACUACAAGGCAUCUUCCUACCGACGGAAACGAUUGGUGAUGUUAUGAAAUUUAUACGGAAGUUUUUAAAUCGAGAAAACACAGAUUUCUAUUUAUAUUUAACGCCGCCAAAAAGAAUUCUCUCUUCGGACGCGGUAUUAUAUCAGGAGAAGCUAGUCCCAGCUGCCAUUUUACAUUUCGGAAGUGACAACAAUGGUACUAGCUACCUACAGGAUUGGGUCAGAGAGAAAGUAUCUUCUCCUGAUGCUGCCAAAUAUACUGCCCAAUUGUCGAGAGUGAAGAAACCCAUGAAGGAAGAGCUGUUGGCAUCAUAAGCAACAUCAGAAGUUAUUUCUAAAGCUUCAGGUUGGAUCACAGUAAAAGAUAAGAGGACAGCAGUAUAUUCUUACAACUUCAUAUAAAGACAAGUUCCAUGCCUUUAUACGAAGUCCAAAAUACAAAGAACUUAAUGCAAGACUGCAAUAUUUACUCAUAUAAAGUUUAGAAAAAGUAUUACAGUUAUUACUGUGAUAAUGUUUAGUUUUGUUGAUAUUUAUGCAUCUCAAUUCUAACGUAAAUUUGAUACAACUUAAAAAUAAUCGAGCGCACGUCUUUCAUUGGUCUAUACAUAUAUAUAUUUUUUGUGAAACAAUUUAUAGUUACAUUCAUAUAUUUUGAGAAAUAUUAUUUGAGAGUUUGAUGAAUUUGUAUAAUAAAAAUUUGUUUCAACAAACUUCAACUUUAAUGAAAUUAAUAUUCAUGUGCUUGUGUGUGUUCUUGCUUGCUUCAUAAUAACAAAAGUUGUUUUGGAAGAGCAUGUUACUUCUUAAUUUUUGAUUACAGUCUUCCAGAAUGCAUUGGGUCUCAUCCACAUCACCCCAUUGCCUCCAUCGUGGACAUGGAAGAAAGGCUCUCUUAGUGCCCAUGGGGCAGAGAGAGAAAAAAAAUUGGUAACUUAUUAAAUUCAUUAAUACUACCUGCAUUUGUAAUUAUUAGAAUCAUCUAACAAAAACUAAAAUCAGAAAUUUCUCCAAGAUAAUUUUUGAGGAUCCGCUGACUACAGACAGAAUAGUUAUUGAAUUUAUUCUAGACAAAUAGUUAAACUUCCAAACUAAUUGAGAUGUGUUAGGAGCAACACCUGAAAAUUCCUAUUUGUAUUAAAUGCUGUAAUGAACACAAUUUUAAAGCAUUAACCAAGGAAAAUACAAUUUAUAGAUUUUUUUGUGUAUAAAUAUAAAUAUUCAGAGCUACUUAUAUAAAAAGAUGCAAGAGUUAUAUAUACACUGAUAGCUCUUACAUCCAUCUUUUCUUGCAAUAUAUUUAUUUUGACUUGCUAAUUAAGUUUGCAGUUUGAGAUUAUUAAUAAACGUGAUGACUGCCAACUACAAGUUAACUUGUACAUGACAGUUUCUUUUAGGACUAUCUUGUGAAUCGUGAUCUGGAAUAAGAAUUAAAAAUAAUUGUGGCUUCACAGAACUGAAUAUUUAUUUUGAAAAAGGUGAAAAAAUUUACACAACAGAGUAAAACUUGUAUAAACCAGAAUCACACAGUACCAAAUAUUUUU